UUGGCAACUUGACAUUUAUAUUAUUUGUAAAUUUUAAUUAUUUGGAAAUGCUCGCCAAAACGGGAGUGCAUUUACGUGCCUUGAGCACUAGGCUAACGCCACUUCGUCCGGUGCUCAAUACAUUCAGCCAAUAUCAACAACAUCCACAAACGGGAGCAGGAGAAGCAGCCUUGUGGCUGCAACAGGCGCGCGGUUAUGCAAAAGGCAAGGAUAGAAAGAAAGAAAAAGGCGGCAAAGGUAAACCUGUUAAGGUGGAGAUAAAUGAGCAGCAGCUGCGCGAACUAAUUAACCUGGACAGCCUGAAUGCACAGAUGGAAAAGUCAGUGCUCCAAAUGAAAGACGACUUCAUAAAGAACCUGUCGCUGCGCUCCACAAGCGGCGCCAUCGACUCGCUGCGUAUCAAAGUGGAUGGAGCGGAGCAUGAGCUGCAGGAGCUAGCGCAGAUAUCGCGCAAGAAUCCAAAGACGAUUGUUGUGAAUAUGAUUGCCUUUCCCCAAACGAUACCCGAUGUGUUGCGGGCAAUAGAAAAAAGUGGCAUGAAUCUAAACCCGCAGCAGGACGGCACAACACUCUUCAUACCAAUACCCAAGGUGACCAAGGAGCAUCGCGAGCACCUCUCCAAGAAUGCCAAAGCUAUGUUUAUCAAGUACCGCGACGCCAUACGAGACAUACAGAAUACACAGAUACGCAAGCUCAAGAAGCAGACGGACAUUGGAAAGGACGAUGCGUUUGCGGCCCAGACCCAGGUCACGGCCAUUGCGGACAAAUACAUUGCCGAGGCGGACAAAUUGUUGGCUAGCAAACAGAAAGAGCUUCUCGGCGAUACAUAAAGACUGAUAUUGAUUAUAAAGUUUGCCCAUAAAUGUCACUGCCUUUUAUGAAAUAUCAAAACUAUGUAAGAUAAACUUUUGUCUGAUAA